UGUAGGAAACAUUAACUGGAAUGAGAAGGCUACCAAAAGAUUGAAAGAACUAAAUCUUCUUCAGUUCUUUACACAAUAAUCCUUUUUGAUCAGUCGUCAAUAAAAAAAGUUCACUAUAAAGGGCCUACAAAAAUUUGCUAUAACAGUUAUUAGGAAUUUUAUUAUUUCACUUAUUUUUACUUCAAUCACGGUCUUUUUUCUUUUAUCUUUUACUUUCUACUUCAUCUAGAUUUAUAAGGAAACCAUUGCAAUCAUUCAAAAGUUAAUGUUAAAUCAUAUUUUGUAUUUCAUUUUUUGUUAUACUCAUAGAAAAUGGCUAGCACCAUUGAAUGGAUGAAUGUAGCUCUAGAGAAAGCCAAGGACGCUUUGAAGGCCGGUGAAGUCCCUGUUGGUUGUCUUUUCAUUUACAAAAACAAAGUUAUUUCCACUGGUCGUAAUACUGUAAACGAGACGAGAAACGCCACUCGCCAUGCCGAAUUAAACUGUAUCGACGAUGUUUUCAGAUUUUGUCAAUUGCGUAAACUGAACUACAUGGAAGUCUUUACAGAUGUUGACGUUAUUGUCACCGUGGAACCUUGUAUAAUGUGCGCGGCAGCACUACAUCAGCUUAAGGUGCGAAGCAUAAUAUAUGGCUGUGCUAAUGAUCGGUUUGGCGGAUGCACAAGUGUCUUUGAGGUACCAAAACUGUAUGAGACUAGAAUCUUUAUUGAGGGUAAUGUCAAAGGUAACGAAGCCAUGCAAUUACUUAAAGAGUUUUACAAAGGUACAAAUCCAAACGCACCAGAAUGCAAGGUUAAGAAGGGACGUAAGAGAAAUGCAACCUAGGAAGAUGAUGAAUAUCGAUUCACUCUUUUUAUUUUAAUCUUAUGUAAUGAUAAAUACGAUAUUAAUUGACAAUGACACUUCAAUUUCAUUAAAGAUUCUUCCUUUUAUCGUGACAUUUGCACUAGAGGUUCAUUACGUCUAUUGUAACUUAAUACGAGUGAUAAAUAAAUACUUUUUGAUUUAUGAAAGA